AUGAAAUUCAUUACACUACACUACUCAAAUAAUUAUCAAUUUUCCGAAAAUUGCAGGAUAGUUGCUCCUCAUAUGCCUUACUCCAUAUAUGUUCACGGUUUAUCUGUAGCAUCACUGGUACUUGAGUUAUUGAGCGCGCAAAAAGCAAAUCCCAAGUAA